CUUUAUCAAUGGAAGAAGCAUUAGAAGAGUACGACAUUAUUGACAGCAGAAAUGAUAACCUACAUCAUGCUAAGCCUGAAGAUCACACCAAAACAGGGGGCUUAAUCCAAGGAGCUCUUAAUACAAUCAAAUAAGAACUUCAAUGAUGUAAAGAACAAAUUGCAUGGCAAGACCACUCCUCAGAAGACCCCAAAAGUACAUUGUGAAGAAGAAAAGGUAGCAAAACCUUCUGAGACAAAGAAGCCAGUAGGCUCAGAAGAUAGCAAUAAACAAUCUAAAACUAAAAAUAUUGGAAGGAAAACCCUUCCCAAAGAACUAGGUGAAAAUAAGUACGAGCAGGCAUUUGAAGAGGACAAGCUCGAGGAAGGAUUCGAAGAGUUCGACUUCCAUAUCUCCCUCGCUAAAAGUAUCAGCCAGAAAUUAAGAGGCUCUAUUGAGAAAAAGAGUUUUGAAGAGGCUACUUUAUCAGAGCUUCAGGCCCAAGUAAUAGAGGAAUCAGCCAGUGGCUCUAAAUUACCAACCAAGGAUGAAGAGAACAUAAGCGAUUUCGAAAUGGUUUCUGACAUACAAUGUAUCUUCACUGAGGCUGACUGGAGGGAGUUCUUAGAAAACCCACCUAAAGAAUUAUCAGAGAUUCAAGAAAGAAGGAUUAUUUGGAGCAUUAAGAUGGGUCUCCCUGACAGAAGAAGAGGCGAUAUAUGGGAAUAUCUAGUCAAAGUUAAUAAAUACAAGAAGAAGGAAGAAAGAAGCUACCAAGAUCUCCUAAAUACUAAGGAUGUUGAAAAUAUUGAGUAUACUAUCAGUAAAGACAUCAUGAGGACUUUCCCUGAGCUCGACCAACAUAAAGAAGAUAUUAGCACCGGGAAUAAUUCUCUUUUUAAUGUUCUUAAAGCUUAUGCUGUAUAUGACCCUGAUGUCAAAUAUUGACAAGGCAUGAACUUUAUAGUCUUUCUGUUCCUUGAAAAAUUUGAUUCAAAUGAAGAAAGAGCAUUCUGGCUCCUAGUCGCCAUGAUGAAGCAUCUUAGAUGGAGAAAGUUAUAUAAAUUAGAUACACCCAAAUUGAUUACGAUGCUGGAGAGACUAAGGAAAAGACUUAUCAAAGAGGUUCCUGAGAUAUACAACCAUAUGGUAGAGCAAGAAUUACCAAUCGAGGGAGUAUUUGCUCCUUUCUUCCUAACUUUGUUCUUGUACUCAACUCCCGUGCAUAUUGCUCUGAGAAUCAUUGAUUGUUUCCUUUAUAAAGGAGAAGAUUUCUUAUUAGAGUUGACAGUAAAAAUGCUAAAGUUGCAAAAAGAAAAGAUUUUAAGCUUUGUUUCAGACUGUGGGCCUUGCUUUGAGCUCCAAAUGUACCUCAGCAAGAACCUUGUUCAAGAAUGUUGUGAGAAUAAAACAGUAAAGUCGAUUUUAGGCAGACCUGAAGUACCAGAAGUAGGCAUUUUUAAUUUGUAAUUGUCAAUUUAUCCGAAAUAA